AUGAAUUUAAAUAUAAUUUUAAUUUUUUUUAUUUAUUUUUUUUGUUUUACUCUUUUAGUAAAAUCACAAGGACCAUUCCCUUAUAAUACAACUGAAGGAUGUUCAAUUUUUGGUAAUAAUGCAACUUUUGUUAAAAAUUCACAAUUUCCUCCAUAUAACAGUGUUUCUAUUACUUCAGGAACAUGUCAAGCUUCACAUCCAGAAUAUUCACAAAAAGCAUGUUGUUAUACAUAUCAAACUAAUGGACUUAAAACAUUUAUUCAAAGUAAUGAAACACUUUUUGGUCAAUGUCCAGGAUGUUUAGCCAAUGUUUGGAGCUUAUGGUGUGGAUCAAUUUGUUCACCAUUUCAACAAUCAUUUAUGGUACCAACUGAGACAAUAACACAAACACUUCAAGUGGUUAAAAUUGAUUUCAUUCUUCAUCCUGAUUUUGCUCAAGGUUUAUAUGAAUCAUGUUCGAGUAUUAAAACAGAAAAUGGAAAAACAUUUAGUUCAUUGUACUCUGACAAACAAUCAUUUUUCAAUGGAGUUUUUAGUGAUAAUCCACAAUAUAAAAUUAAUUUUGUUUUUAACACAACAGGAUACAAUAGUGAUAUUACUCCAUGUUCCGGUCCGGAAAAAACCACUACUUCAUCAACAGAUUCUACCUCUAGUGCCCAAUCAAAACAUUCCAUUCAGUACAUUUUUUAUGCUUUGGCAUUAUUCUCUGUUAUUUUGAUUAUUGGAUUCUGA